AUGCCCUCGCAAGAAGAACAGGAGUUGCUGGCCCGCAUCAGCCAGCUUGCCGGCAAAAUUAACCUACACAAAGCUCAGCAAGCUGGAGUUCAAUCAGUUCCUAGCAACCAAGCAUCUUAUAGCCGACACAAUACAUACCGACAAGGUGGUUACCCCCACAAUCAUCGUGUCCAGCCAUACCCCUCUACCCGAGGGUCGUCGGGUUUCCGUAACAGAUCCCUGGUAGUGAACAAUAGUGGAACAAAAACGCCGCCUUCCGACUCGCCUACGCCUGAGGCCUCUGGCUCGACCGGUUCCUCGAGCUCUUGGAUCUCGAAGACAACUCGUGGCCAGCGGUCACUUAUCAAUUCAGCUGUCUACGAAAAGACUAGUGAGGCUACUGCGAAGGCCAUCGAAGUGACCAGGCAACAGAACUUGCUCCAGCAGGAUGCGCGCGAGAAAUCGCAACUCGCCAAUCAUUUUCAACGCUAUGGCAGACAUUCGAGUGCACCAGGCACUCCAACUAAUUCUACAGCUGUAGGCCAACAUGAGAUCGAGAUCCAAGGAAUUCGAUACCGCGUUGCUCAUAAUGGCAGUAAACUCAUCAAGGUUUCCGGAGACCUUCAUCCCGUCAACGCAACACCCAAAGUAGCCUUUGUCGGAGGCGUCAAAUUUCAUCGAAGCAAAACGGGUAACUUGUACCGUGCAGGUGUGCUCAGAUCGCAACAACGCCGAAAUGGCGUCACGAAGGUCGACGUGCCUUGCAGCAUGUUUUCGCUGACUGGUAUUUCAUUUACAUUCUUACCCGGCCAUCUGUUCCUCACUCAUACAGACUUGGGGUUCGCCUGCUCAAGUGGGUAUGAUAAGCACUAG